AUGCGCAGAGCACAGACACGCUCAGCCACAACCAAGCCCUGGAAGUUGGAGCCACCGGUGCCAAAAAUCCUCUUGCCGCUGUCCCGGCAAGGGGAACGCUCGACUCCCGCCUCCGCCCGCCGCCUCCCCGUGAGGGGCGCUGGUACAGCGGCCGCGCUCGGGCUUACAAGGAGCGUGAAUACAGAAAUCAGUCCGUUCGCCUUUACCACAGCGGGGCCGGGCAGCGCCGGGGGGGGUAAGCGGCGGGACGCGGGGGAGGCUCUGAAGGGCGAGCAGCGGCCUUUCCUCCCGCCUCCGCCCGCCGCCUCCCCGGUGGAAUCUCCUCUGCCAGCUGGUGUUCCUAAGCUUAGUUAUCGCUUUGUAUCAUCUCACAAGUACAUUCCCAGGCGAGCUGUGCUGUAUGUACCUGCAGAUGAUGAGAAGAAGAUACGAAAAAUCCCAUCACUAAAUGUAGAUUGUGCGGUGCUGGACUGUGAAGAUGGCGUGGCUCUGAACAGAAAGAGAGAAGCAAGAAUGACUGUUGUGAAAACCCUUGAAGAGUUUGACUUUGGCCAUGCCGAGAAGUGUGUGAGGAUAAACUCCGUGUCCAGCGGCCUUGCAGAAGAAGAUCUAGAGGUGCUUUUGCAGUCCAAGACCCUUCCCUCAAGCAUGAUGCUGCCAAAGGUUGAAAAUGUUGAAGAAAUAAGAUGGUUUUCAGACAAAUUCUUACAUCAUCUAAAAGGCCGAACACUUGUAGAACCAAUGAAUUUUAUCCCCUUUGUGGAAACUGCAGUGGGCUUGCUCAAUUUUAAGGCCGUCUGUGAAGAAGCACUGAGAAGAGGAUCCCAGGUUGGCUUUCAUUUGGACGCAGUCGUCUUUGGAGGAGAGGAUUUCCGUGCCAGCAUAGGUGCAACAAGCAGUAAGGAAACUCAUGAUAUUCAAUAUGCCAGGCAAAAAAUAAUAGUCACAGCAAAGGCAUUUGGCCUUCAAGCCAUAGACCUUGUUUACAUCGAUUUCCGAGAUGAAGAUGGGCUCCGCAAGCAAUCGAGAGAAGGUGCCUCAAUGGGAUUCACUGGUAAGCAGGUGAUUCACCCCAACCAAAUUGCUGUUGUCCAGGAACAGUUCUCUCCGAGCCCUGAAAAAAUAAAGUGGGCACAAGAACUGAUUUCUGCUUUUGAAGAACAUCAGCGAUUAGGCAAGGGAGCGUUUACUUUCCACGGGAGCAUGAUCGACAUGCCAUUACUGAAGCAGGCGCAGAACAUUGUUACGCUUGCCACAGCCAUCAAGAAAAAAUGAGCUGGUAAAUGAAGCUCUCGCCAUGGGGCCCCAGUAGCUGUUUUAAAAGAUGACUAUAAUACUUGGGGGAAAGAAAAAAAAAAAAAAAAAAAAUUAAAGACGUCAAGCUUAAGCAGAAAUUCAUUUUCCAUUUUGUGUCAUAGUUUGCUUGCCAGAAUUGCUAAUUACUAAAACUACUCCUGACCCAAACCACCGCUCACAGCCCCCGGUGAAGUCACAUCACCGGCCGUGUGACAUCAUGAGAAUUGCUACCACUGCAGCAUUGUGACUUCACUGAAGGAGAAAAGCCAAACGUGAGCUGUGAGCUGUGUGAAAGGAGCAGAUGAAAACGGGGUCAAAUCACUUCUUUUUCUAUCUAACGCUUCUUCCCGCUCCGGUGCGGGGCUCCCGUCAGAAAGGGCAAAGCCUGCAAUAAUUAGGCACCGGUUGAAAUAACGGCGAUGAAAAUCAUUGCCCUGUGUGAGCUUCGCAUCCCCCCCACCCCCAAAUUUCUGUAAAUGUGUGACUGCCAUUAAAAAUAUUGCUCCGACGA